GAGAGUUUGAGUAAGCGUGUACAGUGGAUGAUGCACUGGUACACAGUCCGGUGUAGAGCUUGCACUGAGAUUUUUUUCAUUCAGCAUCCCUCAGUUAUUUUAAGUGUCAGUUAUUGUGUACAUGUAGCUAAAAAGUAGUUGGAAAAUACACAGAAUGGAAGAUGUUUCCAAGGUAGGACAAAAGCCAAAGUGGAAUCAAGAAGUUUCAGCAUCUCCUUUUAGUUUUAUUCAAGCUGAGUAAUGGUAAGUGAAAUCUGCGAAGAGGAGUAAAGAUGUCUUCCUCUCCCGGCAUCAAGUCUCGGGAGCAUGUGGACAUGAUGUACAUCUCCAUUGAGUCAGCUAUUGCCCUGGCCUCUGUGGUGGGGAAUGUGCUGGUGGUGCUGGUGGUGUGUGUGAACCGGACUCUUCGCAACACCACCUUCUGCUUCAUUGUGUCUCUGGCCGUGGCUGACAUCGCUGUGGGGCUUCUGGUCAUCCCUCUGGCUAUUAUCAUCAGCCUGGGAUUCAACACUCACUUCUACACCUGCCUUUUCCUCUCCUGCCUGCUGCUUAUCAUCACCCAGGGCUCCAUCCUGUCCCUGCUGGCCAUCGCCAUCGACCGGUACCUCAGAGUAAAGAUUCCCACCAAGUACAGCAUCGUAGUGACCCAGGGGAGGGCUUAUGUGGCAGUUUGUCUGUGCUGGAUCCUGUCCUUCCUCUCUGGAUUGGUUCCAAUGGUUGGCUGGAAUAAUCAUGAUUUCCAAGGCAACAUCAGCAGUUCAAGUGAAAUCAUUUGUGAAUUCACUACAGUCAUCAGGAUGGACUACAUGGUGUACUUCAAUUUCUUUGGCUGGGUGGUGGUGCCGCUGACCGUCAUGAUCACUCUGUAUGCCGAGAUCUUUAGGGUAAUCCGGAAGCAGCUAAACAAACGUGCUGAGGCCACAUGUGAUGGAGAAAGGUACUAUCGGAAGGAGCUGAGGCUGGCCAAAUCACUGGCCCUGGUGGUCUUCCUCUUUGCUGUGUGUUGGCUGCCGAUACACGUAAUGAACUGCAUCAACUUCUUCUGCCCACAGUGUCACAUACCAAAAAUUGUAAUGUACAUCGGGAUUUUCAUGUCCCAUGUGAACUCAGCCCUGAACCCAAUGGUUUACGCAUUCAGGAUAAAGCAGUUCCAGGUCACACUGGUCCAGAUCCUUCGUCGCUGCAUGCUCUGUAAAGCCACACAGCCCACCCCGUGCCCCACCAGCACGCCAGCCUUGACAAAAAAAGUAGAUGUUAACCUGUAAGAAGAACUGGAACAUUUCUUUUGGGAGGCUGCAGUCAUGAGAUUCAAGGGAUUAUGUCAUUUCAAUCCAUUUAAACAGACACCAAUUGAUGGACAAAUCAUAUUCUGAUUUAUUCUCAUUUCUUCGGGUCAGACCUUGAGAAAAUUAACUAUAAUCAAGGAGAGAAAGAGCAACGACAUAUCUGUCAUUAUUUUACUUUCACUAAAUGCACUUACUUGAUUCAUAUUGAA